CAGGCAUCUUGGUUUCACAAGAUGGCGGCGCGCUGGCAGCGUAACACCUGCGUUUCUAGGAGCUUCGCGCAGUGCGUGGUUUAAAGUUUCAAACACGCUAUCAAGUGGGAACGUGGGCCUUACAGAUGGCUCUGAGUAAAUCAAUGCAUGCAAGAAAUAGAUACAAAGACAAACCUCCUGAUUUUGCAUAUCUGGCAUCGAAAUAUCCAGAUUUUAAGCAGCAUGUUCAGAUCAAUCUGAAUGGAAGAGUAAGUCUUAAUUUUAAAGACCCUGAAGCAGUCAGAGCUCUGACUUGUACUCUCUUAAAGGAAGACUUUGGACUUUGUAUUGAUAUUCCACUGGAGAGACUAAUUCCCACAGUUCCCUUGAGACUUAACUAUAUUCACUGGGUGGAAGAUCUGAUCGGUCACCAGGAUUCUGACAAAAGUACUCUCCGAAGAGGAAUUGACAUAGGCACUGGGGCGUCCUGCAUCUAUCCCUUACUUGGAGCAACCCUAAAUGGCUGGUAUUUUCUUGCAACAGAAGUGGAUGAUAUGUGUUACAAUUAUGCCAAGAAAAAUGUGGAGCAAAAUAAUUUAUCUGAUCUCAUAAAAGUGGUUAAGGUGCCACAGAAGACACUCCUGAUGGAUGCUCUUAAGGAAGAAUCUGAGAUAGUCUAUGACUUUUGCAUGUGCAACCCUCCAUUUUUUGCCAACCAGUUGGAAGCUAAGGGGGUAAAUUCUCGGAAUCCUCGAAGACCUCCACCUAGUUCUGUAAAUACAGGAGGCAUCACAGAAAUAAUGGCAGAAGGAGGUGAACUAGAGUUUGUGAAAAGGAUUAUCCAUGACAGUUUACAACUUAAAAAAAGAUUAAGGUGGUACAGCUGUAUGCUGGGAAAAAAAUGCAGUCUGGCUCCACUGAAAGAAGAGCUUCGCAUCCAAGGGGUUCCUAAAGUCACCUUCACUGAAUUCUGUCAAGGUCGGACCAUGAGAUGGGCCUUAGCUUGGAGUUUUUAUGAUGAUGUCACAGUUCCAUCACCUCCAAGUAAACGCAGAAAACUAGAGAAGCCAAGGAAACCCAUUACAUUUAUAGUGUUGGAAUCUGUGAUGAAGGAAUUAUCCCUCAAAGCAUCGGCUUUAGGUUCCGAAACACUGGAAGGCAUAGUAGUUGUGACAACAUGGAUAGAAAAAAUUCUCACUGAUCUGAAGGUCCAGCAUAAACGAGUUCCCUGUGGAAAAGAGGAAGUUAGUCUUUUCCUGACAGCCAUCGAAAAUUCUUGGAUUCAUCUAAGGCGAAAGAAAAGAGAGCGAGUAAGACAACUGAGGGAGGUUCCUCGAGCUCCUGAGGAUGUCAUCCAAGCCUUGGAGGAGAAAAAGGCCACUCCCAAAGAGUUGAGUGGUAGCCAAGGUGUGGCCCAGAGUCCCCAGGAGAGCACCUUGUGUGGGCCUACUGUGCUUGAAGGCGAAUCUGUCACUGUAGGCAGCCAGUGCCCAAGCCAGGAAUUACUGUCCCAAGAAGAAACCCCGGAAGCUAUGGAGGAUGAAAGGAAUGAGGAAACAGGAGGGAUGGACAGCAUGGAAAAUUGUAAAGGUUCUAGCAAUGGAGCCCAGGAUGGAGAAGCUUCUGAGCAGUUCAGCCACUCAGUGGCUGAGAAGGGGAAGCACCUGCAAGGAAUGGCUGGACAGUACCUGUUCAAGUGUUUGAUCAAUGUUAAGAAGGAAGUGGAUGAUGCCUUGGUUGAAAUGCAUUGGGUUGAGGGCCAGAACAGGGAUCUGAUGAACCAGCUUUGUACCUACAUACGUAACCAAAUUUUUAGGCUUGUUGCUAGUUAACCCUGAACUUUGUUCACAGUCAGAAAAAUGUCUAUACAGGGCUGGCAGUGUAGCUCAGUGGCAGUGUGUGUGCUUGGCAUACAGGAGGCCCUGGGUUCAAUUCCUAGUAUCAGAAAAAAAAAAAAUCUCAACCUUUUUGCUUUGGAAGCUUCUGUGAGGCAGCAACAGGAAUUCAACAUUGUUCCAGUAAUAGAAUCAUCUUAAAAAGCAAAAACUCAGUUGGCCAUGGUGGCUGUUUGUACUACCGGUGCUCAAGGUCAAGGCUGGAAGAUUGCUGUAAGUUCAAGGCCAGCCUGAGCUACAUAGUGAGAUGCUGUCUCAAAAUGAAAGAGAAGAAAAGAGAAAAAAGGAAACAGAAGCAGAAGUGAAUCCAAACUAAUAAAUAAGCCCCAAACUCCACCCCCUUUUAAAGUUGCUUGAAGUUGUAGUAUAGUAGGAUGAAUUCAGGAGAAGGAGUUAAGGUUAUCAGCAACAACAAAAAGCCAUUGGUAAACUCAGGAGGAAAUUAAAGCUAACUCAAGGUCGUCACCUAGCUUAAGGGUGAUGCUCUGAGACCAGAGGUUGUGGCAUCUAUCUGGGUCAAUGUUGCCUAGGGCAUCAUGGGUCUCUUACCCAGUGUUGCAUGGUGAGGAGGUUAGGGUUAGGACUCGUCCUCCAUCAGAGGCAGUACAGCUGAGCAGAGGCCUGGAGUUCUUUUUUAGACUCCUUUAAGACUUAACCUGUCUCUAUUGGGUAUCGUUGAUCAACCCAGUCCCCAGAAAGGAACUGGCCUCAGAGUAUGUGGCUGGAUAGUCAGGGAGAGAACUCUUAGAGCCAUGGACAAGGGCCAGUGUGAGGAAGAGCACACUCCUGACUCAAGGCUGUUCUGAUGUCCAUCUCAGAAGCAGAAUUAGGUAAGCAAAACUUUAAGAUAUGGGUGAGACACAGCAAAAUGGACCCAUACCCCUUCCCCAUUGAAAGUACUAUUUUGUGGCAAUUGUACUGCUGUAAGAUUGUUUUUUCCAACUUGUGAAGUGGAAUAUGUUUUGUUUUUAAUAUAAAAAUACUCAAUUUAAAAUUGUCAA